AUGGAUGAGUCCCUCGUUGAAGCAAUCACCCCCAAAUUGAUUGGAGACUGGCCCAACACCUACACGUUCUCCAAAGCUCUGACCGAGCAUCUCAUUCAGCAGGAGAAAGGGGACUUAAAUGUUGCCAUCAUCCGACCCUCCAUCGUGGGAGCUAGUUGGCAGGAGCCCUUCCCGGGUUGGGUUGACAACUUCAAUGGCACAAGUGGCUUCUUUAUUGCGGCUGGAAAGGGGAUUUUACAGACCAUAAAAUGCAACCGAGAUGCAGUAGCAGAUAUUAUCCCAGUAGACCUUGCUAUCAACUUAACCAUCACUGCUGGGUGGUACACUGCAGUUCACAGACCCAAAUCACUGCUGAUCUACAACUGUACCUCAGGUGGCCUCAACCCAUUUUUCUGGGGAGACUUGGAAGAUCAUGCGAGAAGCACACUUGAAAACAAUCCAUUGGAGAAACCCUUCAGAUUACCUAAUGCCAGCCUAACCUCGAGCUACUUGGCCCAUCAGUACUGGACGUUUGUCUGUCACACAACCCCUGCUUUUCUCUGUGACCUGUAUCUGCGGCUGACUGGAAAGAAGCCACGGAUUAUGAAGCUUUUCAAUCGCUUGGACAAGACCAUGAGUCUUCUUGAAUAUUUUACCAGCCAUUCCUGGGACUGGAGCACCGACAAUACAAACAUGUUAAUGAAAGAGCUCAGUCCA